AUGGCAGCUCUUAACUUCACCAACUCUGAUGCUUCAACUUUCAUCCUAACGGGCAUCCCUGGCCUGGAGGCUGCCCACAUCUGGAUUUCCAUCCCUUUCUUUACAUUCUACAUUGUCAGCCUGUUGGGAAAUGUCACGCUUCUGUCUGUCAUAGCUAAGGAGCAGACUCUGCAGAAGCCAAUGUACAUGCUGCUCUGCAUACUGGCACUUACAGACAUUGCCACACCUACCUUUGUCGUGCCAAAGGCACUGGGCAUAUUUUGGUUCAACUUGAAAGGCAUUACUGUGACUGGCUGCCUCACCCAGAUGUUCUUUCUCCACACGGUUUCUGUUACGCACUCAGCCACCCUCGUGACAAUGGCCUUUGAUCGCUAUGUUGCCAUAUGUAACCCUCUGAGAUAUGCCACCAUCCUCAGCAAUGCACAAAUAGCUAAGCUAGGAUUUGUAGGUUUGAUAAGAGCUGUUCUCUUCAUUCUGCCCCUACCCCUGCUCCUGAGUCAGCAGCCAUUCUGUGCCAACCGCAUUAUCCCACACAUGCAAUGCGAGUACCUAGCUGUGGAGAAGAUGGUGUGUGGGGACCUCACAGUCACCAGGAUAUACGGCUGGGUGCUAAUGUUUGUGAUCAAUGGGUUUGACCUGACGCUCAUUGCCCUGUCCUAUGGUCUGAUCAUCAGGGCCGUCCUCAGAAUCUCCUCUAACAAAGCCCACCAGAAAGCCCUCAACACUUGCACAACCCACAUCUCUGUGAUGCUGACAUAUUAUAUUCCUGGACUCUUCUCCAGUCUCACAAACCAAUUCGGUCAAGGCAUCGCUCCCUAUGUUCGCAUUGUUUUGGCUGACCUCUAUCUCCUCAUCCCUCCCAUGCUCAACCCUAUCAUUUAUGGGGUCAAAACCAAAGAGCUUCAUGACAGAGUAGGCAAAUACACCUGCCAAAGGUGA